UGACGUACUACGUAUAGACCAGAGGGGCUCUGGUUACGGAAAUGAAGUACCAAGCUCAGCGAUAACGCUAGUAUUAUAAUUUCUCGACCUAAACUAAAGCUCCUUCGUAGAAAAAAAUUGCUGCUCAGAUGAAGAGGGCUUGCCUGGUGGACCAGCUUUGUCAUUCUUCCUUGCCAUGGCAGCGCCCUAUUUCCCCACAUUCCUCCUCCUCAUUUUUGUGUCCUCAUUAGGGCUUUUGCUGCUCACCCUUCUGCCAGCUGUCAGCCCAUCCCACCCUUUAACUACCUCUUCUUUAUCCUCAUCUUGGCCAUCCUGUGGGCCAGGUCAGUCUUGGGCCGUCCGGAUCCACCACAGCCAUGAAGAAGAGGAUGAUGAGAGAGCAGGCUCAGUGCACCUGGAUGUGAUCGCUGACAAGGUAGCGAAGCAGGCAGGGCUGCAGAACCAGGGUCAAAUUGGAGAGCUAGAAGGCCACUAUUUGCUUUGCUCAGUAAAAGCUGACACGGGAUAUUUUGGCGGCAUCUGGAAAAGGAGCGUCCAACCAGCAGAUGUUCUGGCAACGCAUCCUCAUGUCCUGUGGUUCUCCAAGGAGCGAGUGCUCAGUCGGUCAAAGAGGGCGUUGGCCUUUAACGACCCCAACUACCCUAAACAGUGGCAUUUGCAUAAUAAAAUGAACAAAGGCAUGGAUAUCAACGUCACAGGAGUGUGGGAGCACAACAUCACUGGUCAGGGGGUCACCGUUGUGGUUGUAGACGAUGGGGUGGAGCACACCCACCAGGACAUCAAGCUCAACUACAGUCCGGAGGGCAGUUACGACCUGAACUCCAACGACCCUGACCCGAUGCCUCACCCUGACUUCCACAGUGACAACCACCACGGGACUCGGUGUGCCGGGGAGAUCGCAGCCGUUCCCAACAACAGCUUCUGCGCUGUGGGGGUGGCCUACGGUAGCAAGGUGGCAGGUAUCAGAGUCCUGGACGGGCCUCUGACAGACAGAUUAGAGGCCAUAGCCUUUAACAAGCACUACCAAAUAAAUGACAUCUACAGCUGCAGCUGGGGACCAGAUGAUGACGGCCACACUGUGGAUGGACCUCACCCNAUAAUUCAGGCUGCCCUGCAGCACGGGGUGAUUGCAGGUCGACGAGGCUUCGGUAGCAUCUUUGUGGUUGCCAGCGGCAACGGCGGUCAGUACGAUGACAACUGCAACUACGACGGUUACGCCAACUCCAUCUACACCAUCACAAUAGGAGCGGUAGAUGAGGAAGGCAGGAAGCCGUUCUAUGCUGAGGAUUGCGCAUCAUUGCUGGCUGUUACUUUUAGCAGUGGGGGGGCCAAAUCAAGGAACAUUGUGACAUCAGAUUGGUCGAUACGGAACAGGAAAGGUUGCACGGAGGGCCACACUGGCACGUCUGCAGCAGCCCCCCUGGCAGCAGGAAUGGUGGCCCUCAUGCUGCAGGUGCGGCCCUGCCUGACCUGGAGGGACGUUCAGCACAUCGUUGCCUUCACCGCCACCCAGUGUGACUCCACUGCUGACUGGGGAGUGAAUGACGCAGGGUUUCAUCACAGCCACCAGCACGGCUUCGGUCUGCUCAAUGCAUGGAGGCUUGUAAAUGCAGCAAAGGUGUGGGAGUCUGUGCCUUUCCUUGUGUCCUAUCAGAGCCCGGUGAUAAAUGAGGGCGUAUCCAUUUCGGCUCAUCCGGACGUGUUGGUCCGUACCUGGAAUGGUACCGUUUUUAUUUUCUCUCUCUCUCACCACUUUAGCUCAGUGGACAGUUGCUUGUCGAGUUUACACAUUUCACUCCAUAACAGAACCAUCCCUCCCUUCCUCCCUCCCUGCAUGCCUGCUGCUCAGGCUGCUUUCCUCUUUUCUCUUCUCAUCCAGUUCCUGCUUUUGCUGGGAUGCUUCGCGCUCUUCUGGUCCCUCUACUACAUCUUGGACGUCACGCUCGGUCAAACGAACCUCAGGGGCCUCCUGUGUCUGCCGAGGAAACGGAGCCGUCAAAGAACCGGCCACGUUGGCAAAGUGAGGGGAACGGAGGAGGUGUACCAGGAGGUGUAUCAGGAGGACCAGGACUCUGGGGUGGAGGCUGUGAGUGACGUGGAGGUGAAGGUUCCCAUCACCAGGGAACAUCUGGAGACGUAGCGCCCGGACUAAAUGUUCAACCUCUCUCUGUGCCCAUGGGGUUUUCUCAGGCUUCUUACUCUGCUCUGAUUGCACUCAGCUCUAGCAGCAGUGAUGGUUUUCAAAAACCGAACUGCAAAUAAACCACUUUGCUGCAGCUACACCCCACC